AUUUGCAACCUCCUAAUUUUAUCAUUUUAUUUUAACGACUUAAUUAGGCCAUGAACUUAGAUAAAUAAUUUAAAUCUGCGGUCAGUAUAAAUGGGAAAUUUAGGACCGAGUGCUCCAGUCUCUGGCCGGUUACGAUGCGCAAGUUCUUCCCUCGUAUGGUCAAAAAGUACGAUCCGCUCGAGCAGCAUUUUCAUUGGACAGCGGCUGUCCUACGUCAGAAAGUUUAAAUUUAUUUUAGAAAUUCUUUGAGAAAUCUAGUCAAUUUUUUAACUAUUUAUUUAUUAUAAAGAAAUUUGUAUUAGUAUAGUGUAAGAGUAUAGUAUUUAUUUUGGUUCAAAGUGACUUUGAUAAGGAAAAUCAAUGAAAUCUGUAACAGAUCUCUCCACCGACAUGGCAUCUGCAAGCCAUUUAAUAUUCAACGCCAUCAGAAUAUACUGGAAAACUCUUUUCAUAGUGUUCUAUCCUCUGGCACUGCUUCCAGUUUUCGUAUUCGACAACGUUGCAGCCUUACGAUGUCUCUACGUUGUUCUUCUUAUGGCCGGUUAUUGGGUUUUUGAAGCUCUACCUCUUCCCAUAACUUCUCUAAUACCCAUGGUACUGUUCCCCCUGAUGGGCGUAUUGGAUUCAGAUAAAGUAUCUUUGUGCUACCUCAAAGAGACCAACAUGAUGUUUGUCGGUGGUUUGGUCAUAGCCAUUGCAGUGGAACAUUGUAAUUUGCAUAGGAGAGUGGCUUUACAUGUUAUCAAAAGGGUAGGAUGCAGUCCCAGAAAACUAAAUUUAGGACUGGUAACCGUAACGAUGCUAGUAUCCAUGUGGAUAUCGAACACUGCCGCAACGGCAAUGAUGAUACCGAUAAUCGAAGCUACAUUGAUUGAAUUGGAAGAACAAGGCAUCGGACAGAUGUUUGUUACUCCUUACAUCGAUGGAGAAAAACCUAAAGAAGGCGAGGAGGAAGAGCAGCAGAAAAGACCUACGAAAGAAACGAUGUGCUAUUUUAUGUCCACGGCUUAUGCGGCUUGUAUAGGUGGAAAUGGGUGCAUCAUUGGAAGUGGUACCAAUUUAACAUUUAAAGGUAUUUACGAAAAUAGAUUUGACGAUGGUCCAGGUGUGGAAUUCGCAAAAUGGUUGUUUCUCAAUGUACCCAUGAUGUUAAUAAUGAUGUAUCUCACCGUUAUCUGGUUGCAAUUUUGGUACAUGGGACUUUUCAGACCUAAUUCGGCAGAUGCCAAAAAAUUAAAAGUUGGAUUGCAAGGAGAAACCGUAGCCAGAAAGCUCAUCGGCAGAAAAUUGCAAGAGAUGGGACCCAUGUCUUUUCAUGAGAAGGCCGUUGGUAGUUUAUUCGUAUUUUCGGUAGUUUUAUGGUUCUUUAGGAAACCGCAAUUCAUUACUGGUUGGGCAGAACUGAUAACUCAGCACAAAGUCAAAGAUGCCACUGCAGCUCUAAUAGUAGUAUUGUUGUUAUUCGUUAUCCCUUCGACUCCAGACUUUAUUUAUAUGUUUAGCAAAAAUGAAAAUAAAAGGCCCAAGGCUCCAUCUCAAGCUUUACUGACAUGGAAAGUUGUCCACCAAAAACUCCCAUGGGGUCUAAUCUUUCUCCUCGGAGGAGGUUUCGCUUUGGCAGAAGCAUCCAAAGUAAGCGGAAUGAGUCAACUGAUCGCAGACCAUCUUCACGGAUUCGCAAUGCUGCCCAGAUUCUGGGUCAUGGUUAUUUCGUGUUUGUUUGCCACAUUGCUGACGCAAUUUUCCAGUAAUGUGGCUGUCGCCAAUGUUGUUUUACCUGUGCUGGCUGAAAUGUCUUUGGUCGCCAAAAUCCAUCCAAUGUACCUCAUGAUGCCAGCGGCUUUAAGUUGCUCGUUCUCCUACUGCCUGCCAGUUUCGACACCGCCGAUGGCAAUAGCGGCAGCUCCGUGUAAUAUGUCGUCGAAAGAAAUGGCAAAAGCUGGAUUGGGCGUAGCAGUUAUUUCUCUAGCGACAUUGUUUCUAGUAUUUCCAAUAUUAGGUAAUUAUAUUUGGGAUUUCGAUGCCUAUCCGGAUUGGGCAAAGCCCUAAAGUAGAUACGUACUAAAAUUUGGUAUUACAUAUUAGUGUAAUUUUUAAGUUUUGGAUUCGUUUUGUCUGAAUGCCAAGAGUUAGGAAUAAAUUGUUUUUGUGAUAAAAUAAAAGGCGAUAAUAGCGAAAAUGUGCCUUCAAUUGUGGUAAUUUUACUUUCUAAGUAACAAGUUCUUAUUUAUUUAUCAAUUCUGAUUUUUCUAAAAUUUGGUGCUUAUUUCCCUAAUAGUACAAACGGUAAAAACGUUAAUUUGCACUAUAGAGAAAAAUGUCUAUUGGACGUUCUCAGCAGGUAUUUUGAUGUACGUUUUUGAAACGUUCUGACAUCCAAUCGGAUACUAUUAGGGAAAUGUCUAUUUUCAUUCAUUUGUAGAAAAAUUUUGUUGUAUUAAUUACGUAAAGAAAAAUAUGUGAAUCAGAGUAAAAUGAAAAAAUUAAGUAUAAAAAAUGGAAAAUAUGUUUUUCAGUAGCUUGCUUUAAUAAAGACUUUUUAAUAUAUUUUUGUUUUACAAUAA